AUGGGAGUUCAUGGCCUGUGGGAGGUAUUGAAGCCAGCAUCAACGACAGAAGGCAUCCAAGACUAUUUCAUCCGUGCAGGAUUUGAGCGACCGCACUGUGGACGGGUGUAUCGACUGGGUAUAGAUGCUAGCCUCUGGUUCCAUCAAGUACAAUCUACGUUUGCUGUCGGGCAUGCACAGUCGGGUGAGAACCCCGAGCUUCGCACACUAUUCUUUUGGUUGGCACGACUUCUCCGGCUACCCAUCCAUGCGAUCUUCGUAUUUGAUGGCCCGGAGCGGCCUGCAAUAAAGCGAGGCAAACGGGUGGUCAAGAUGGGCCAUUGGAUGGUUGAUGCGAUGAAGAACUUCAUCGACGCCUUUGGAUAUGAAUACUGCACUGCUCCCGGAGAGGCGGAAGCAGAGCUGGCUGCUCUCAAUCAGCUCGGUUUUGUCGAUGGUGUCCUGACAGAUGAUGGCGACGCAUUCCUUUUUGGGGCACAAACCGUUAUACGAAAUUUCAAUGCUAAAGCGCAACAGCUAAUCAUCACCGAAGCCGACGCCGUCUGGACGCAUGAUGCCGUCGCUCUUGGGCGCUGGGGCAUGAUUCUUAUUGCGUUAUUCGCGGGCGGGGACUACAAUAAGGAUGGGUUGCCAGGCUUUGGACAGCGCGUUGCCCAUGGCCUAGCACGCUAUGGCUUCGGGGAUACGUUAUGCAAGGCGGUUCGUGAGCUCGAGGGUGAAACACUCAGAGUGUUCUUGUCUGGCUGGCGCAGCGAUCUCCGACAUGCGUUAUGUACUGACGAUCAGAAGCUUCUUGGCCGCCGGUAUCCCGAGCUUUCAAAGCGGAUCCCUGACACGUUCCCUGACCUCGACAUCGUCGAUCUGUACGCCCGGCCUGUGACGUCUGCAUUCGAAGACUACGAAAUGAGUAUGCCCCACCCGCCCGAUAUCGCCGAACUAGGUCGUCUUUGCGAGCGUUACUUCUCGUGGGGGACGGCAUCAGGCAUCGUGGAUCGCUUUGGCAGUUGUCUCAUCCCAGGCAUUCUAACUCGAGUCCUCAUCAACCUCGCGAUCAACCGUGAUAGGCUACACUCCGCGAGGGAUCCGUUUGUGGUAUGUAGUUCUUUCGCUGAAUGCAGACGUGACACAUAA